CCGGAAGAGCAGGGUGUAGACGUGAAGGUGGGGGUGCGCCUGACCUGCCGGACCGCUUGGGUGCUGCCGGGCGGCGGGGACGUCUUGUUGGGCAUCUCCCGGCGGGAUAAUGUUGACUCGGCUGAAAGCAGAAUCGGAGAGGAAGCUUGCAAAACGGAUUUGCAAAGUUGUAUUGGAUCAUUUUGAAAAACAGUAUUCCAAGGAACUUGGAGAUGCCUGGGAUACAGUAAGGGAUGUACUCAUAUCUCCAGCAUGCUGGCAAUAUGCUGUCCUUCUUAACCGAUUCAACUAUUCCUUUGAACUCGAAAAAAAUUUGCAUCUAAAGGGCUAUCACACCCUCUCUCACGGGUCUUUGCCCUACCACCCUAAAUCGAUGCGGUGCUACCUCAGCAGGACUCCAGACAGAAUGCCUUCAGAAAGACACCAAAUCGGAAAUCUAAAGAAAUACUACCUCCUGAACGCUGCCUCUCUUCUCCCGGUGUUGGCUCUGGAAUUAAGGGAUGGAGAGAAGGUCCUGGAUCUGUGUGCUGCUCCUGGAGGCAAAUCGGUGGCUCUGCUACAGUGUGCUGAUCCAGGUUAUCUUCACUGUAACGAAUACGAUGGCCUGAGAUUCAGGUGGCUGAAGCAGACGUUAGAAUCUUUCAUCCCACAGCCGUUGGUAGAUGUAAUUAAAGUGUCUGAAUUGGACGGCAGAGACGUGGGAGAUGCGCAGCCAGGAACGUUUGACAAGGUGUUAGUUGAUGCUCCAUGUUCCAACGAUCGGAGUUGGUUGUUCUCUUCAGAUUCUCAGAAGGCAGCCUGUAGGAUAAGCCAAAGGAGGAAUUUGCCUGUUCUGCAGAUAGAACUCCUAAGGUCUGCAAUCAAGGCCUUACGCCCUGGAGGGUUACUUGUGUACUCUACAUGCACACUUUCCAAGGCAGAAAAUCAAGAUGUCAUCAGUGAAAUUUUAAACUCCUACAGUAACAUCAUACCUGUGGACAUUAAGGAAAUGGCAAGGACUUGCUCCCAAGACUUCACGUUUGCUCCCACUGGCCAGGAAUGUGGACUCCUGGUGAUUCCAGAUAAGGGGAAAGCCUGGGGCCCAAUGUAUAUAGCCAAAUUGAAGAAAUCAUAGACUGUAAAAUUGGUCAUAAACAUUUCGUAAGCCAUGUCAGUGCAUUAUUAUAUUUAUUUUUCUAGGCUAUGUGUUAACGUUUAAAUAAUUAUGAAGUCAUUUUCCCUCGGUCUGUUUGGAAUCUUAUUUAUUUAAUACUUGGCAUCUCAGAACCUAGGCUUAAGAAUUUUCCAGGUGUAUUUUUUUCCUAAGAAUGUACCUGUAGCACUGGUUUCAGGUGUUGCAGAUGGUGUUUGUUCUGUAUAAUAAAUCUGCUGUCUUUUA